UUUCAUUUCUCGCAAAAUGGUUUUUAAUUUAGUUUUCAGAGUCAACUUUAUAAUUUACGAUAAAAUAUGGUGUUUUAUAGAAAAUAUGUGUUUGCACUGAACUGAGGAACUUCUUUGUUUAUGUAACCAUUUCAUAAAGCCAAAGAAUGUCGUCUCCACCGCCCACCAAACCUCCUAGAGGGGUAAAACAGGGCAAAGAAACGAGUGGACUGUUGAUGUCAGUAAUAAGAACAUUAUCUGCAAGUGAAACAAAUGAGCAGAGAGAAAAAGAGCGAGCGAAACUAGAAAAGGAAUACAAGAAAAGUGAUGCAAGACUUGAUGAGCUUGUAGCGGCUCAUGCUUCCGAGAUCACUGAAGUCAUGCAGAUGUUCAGUGCAGUGAGUGCUGCACUUGGAUCGUGGGGUCAGCACUGUGCUGCAGCAGAGGCGCGGAUGGCUGCAUGCCGAGCGCUGCUGCGUUUACGUCGCGAAGACCUGCGACGUCUCUGGGCGGAUGCUCGUGCACAUCAUCAUGCUCUACGCACUCUCAGUGACAUAGAAGCAGUGGUGCUGGGAGAAAGAGAAGCGAGGGAAUUGGCCAGUGCAGGCAGAGUGCUAGGCGCUGCGGUGGCGUUGCGCGCGGCGCGACAGACGCAGCGGACGCUACUGCAUGUGUCCGCGCUGUCAGCUAUCACUGAUCAACUUGAGGCUAAACGUCGUUCCCUCACUGCACUAGCAGUGAAGCGGAUUAGUGCCGCAGUAUACAGUAGCGGGCCAGCGCCGCUCGCCCGCCGCCUGUCCGCGCGACGCCGCACGGCGUUGCUCCUCGCAGAACUGACCAAGACCGAGGAGGUGACUGACGCGUACCUGCAGGACGUGACGCCGGAGUUCGAGGCGUCGCUGUCGGAGGAGGACGCGACCUUCGAGACGCACGUCAUGAUCGCUCUCGAGGCGCUCGGCGCUCUGGACUCGCUCGAGGACGCCACUGAAACGUUCAAAGUCCAAAUCCAGACGGAGCUGCUGGAAGUGAUCGACACGGUGUCCCGGCGUAUCGCAGCCGAUGACGGUGACAAUGAUGUGGACCCUGACGGGGAGGGGGACGACGACGAUGAGCUGGUGGAUGGAGUGGAAGGUGGGAGGACCUUCGGCCGCCUCGUGGCUUGUCUGGCUGAGGAGUUCCAGGCGUGCGGACUGAGACAUAAGAGACUGCUGCAGCUGUGGCGCGCGGCGCUGACGCGGCACGGCGGCAGCGAGAAGUCCCUACACGCCGAACACCACUACUGGAGUGCCGUGCAGCAAGUGAUGCAGCUGCUACUAACAGAGUAUUUGGAGAUCGAGUCGGUGACGCUGGCUGCGGCGCGGGCGGCGCGCACGCCCACACACCCGCGCUCGCUAGCCGAGUACUUCGCUAAGAAACGCCCACAGAGACGCAAGGAGAAACUGUUUAAGCUUACUGUCCCAGUGCCCGUCGCGGAGACGGGCUCGCGGCGUGGGCGGUAUCCGCUCGUGUGCCGCGUGCAGCCCGCACUCCUGUACGCCGCGCUGCCCGCACUGCACACGCUGUGCGCGCUCAUCGAGCGUCCCGGGGGCGGCGAGUGCUCGCUGCGCGCGUUCAUCGCGGACUACGUGCGGUGGGGGGAGAGCGAGCGUCUCGCGCGCGCCGCACGGGACGCCAUCGACGCCGCUGCGCGCGCCCCCGCUGCCUGGCGCGAGCGUGUAGCGCCGCCGCACGACCCUGAGGGCCGACCAAUAGCAGCGUGCGCGGCGGCAGGGUGGGCGGCGCUAAGUCACGUGGCCCGCGCGGCGCGACGCUGCGGCUCGUGCGGUGCGGGUGCGGCGCGUGCGCUCACCGCGGCUCUCGGCGCGCUGUGUACGGUCGCCCGAGCGCAGCACGCCCGCGCCGCGCCCCCCGCCUCCCCCGCGAGAGCCGCGCGAUGGUUGGCCGAUGAUGAUAUUGUACGGUUCCUGCAGGCGUUACCCACGUAUCUCGAUGCGCCGGUACGCAAUAAGGCGCAUCCGCAGGAGCUGAAGCAAGCUUACGAGCGCGAGGCGGAGAUACUGGGUUCGAGUUUGGGCGACGGCGAAAUAGCCGCUCGGGAAGUCGUCGCUGAUAUCGACGCGCUGGUAGAUCUGGCUGUGUUGUGCGAGAGUAUGUCGUGGCUGAGCGGUCGCGUGCAGUCGUUGCCGGCAGAGCUGAGCGCGUUGAAGUCGGAGCAGCUCGCGCGUGACGUCAGCGCGGCCGCCGAAGUGUUGGACGAGAUAGCGCAUAAGUGCCUGCUGUUUCUGCACUUGGAGCUUCGCAUCGAGUGCUUCCACUACUUGGGGCAAGAAGACGCAGGCGAGGAGGAGGCGGGCGGCGCGGCGCGGCUGGCGCACCGCCUGCUCGCCUUCCACGAGCGAGCCGCGCCAGCGCUGCGCCCGCACGCGCUAGCGUACAUAAUGAACGGUCUCGGCGAGAUGAUGUCUGCGGCUGUGGUGUGGCGGUGGCAGACGGGCGGCGGCGCGGCGGGCGCAGGUGCGCGGCUCGCGGCGCUACGCCACUGUCUCGCCGCCCUCUCCCUGCCGCACGACGGCCUGCACGCCGCACAUAAGUACCUGCAGCUGCUGGCGUGUGAUCCAGAGGAGAUAAUUCGCUCGGUGCGCGAGAAGGGUCCUGAGUUUUCGGAGUUGGAAUACUUGAAUGCGUUCAAGGUCAUCGGCGCGCGACGCAACUUGUCGCCGGCGGAGUUGCGCACGCAGUUACAGCGGCUGUCUGCUGCGCUCGGACAUGUUGGCGUCACUGUGUGAGCGGGACAGACGAGUGUGUGAGCGAGAUAGCCUUAAUCCAUACAACAAACGCUCGUGUGUUUAAAAUAUAAUAUUAUGGCAUAGUAUAAGGAGGGGAAGUAAGUUAUCUUCAUACAAAGGUAUCUCGCGCGGUUUGUAUAUUGUGUGCGCCAUAGUAUCUAUGCGUCGCCACACGCACACUCAACAAAAUCUCAAGACGCAACUCGUUUCUGAGUGCGCCAGUCGGGUCUAACACUGCACGAGGUUCGCGCGUCAUAGCUUUUCGGCACCGCUAAAUGAAUCAAACAUGUCUGAUAAUCGCGUGUUUGAGUGUCUUAAUAAUUCAUCAAUUCCAGAAUUGCCGCCGCCGCCGGCAGAUUUAUUUUAUCUUUUUUAGGCUUCCUUACCCAAAGGGUAAAAACGGGCCCUAUUACUGAGACUUCGGCUUUAAGGGGGGCUCC